AUGAAUGGAGCAGUUGAGGCCGCCAACAAAAAUAUCAAGAGAAUAUUGCGGAAAAUGACUGAUAACUACAAGCAUUGGCAUGAGAGUUUGUCCUUUGCCCUUCUUGGCUAUCGCACCACAAUCAGGACUUCGAUUGGGGCAACACCUUAUCUUUUGGUUUAUGGAACUGAAGCAGUAUUACCAAUGGAAGUUGAGAUACCAUCUCUAAGGAUCAUCCAAGAAGCUGAGUUAAGUGAUGCCAAGUGGAUGCAAAACCGGUAUGAACAAUUGAUGCUCAUUGAUGAAAAAAGAAUGAAUGCAGUUUGUCACGGGCAACUUUAUCAACACGGGAAGGCCAAAGCUUUCAACAAGAAAGUAAGAUUGAGACAGUUUGAACCAGGACAAUUGGUGUUGAAACGAAUAUUCCCGCACCAAGAUGAAGCUAAGGGAAAGUUUGCACCUAAUUGGCAAGGACCUUACAUAGUUCACCGAGUACUGACUGGAGGAGCUUUGAUUCUAGCAGAAAUGGAUGGCAAGAUAUGGCCAAAAGCUAUCAAUGCUGAUGCGGUUAAGAGAUACUACAUCUAG